AGGUGCAGCUUUUCAUUUUUCCAAUAAAAAGCCGCGAACCGCAUACAGAUCGAUUCUAAAAUACCUAUACGUUCGUUUUUGACAGUCGAAUUUCUUGAAUCAAAAUCUUUCGUAGUCGCCUGCAUCAUGGACACAUCCUGGCUCGAUGCCAAAUACGCGGCGCCACAGGAUCUUUGGCAAGUGGAAUCCGAGCCAUUUAUCCGCGGUCUGGUGCCACACCUACUGCAGCGGAUUUUAUCCACAAGUCCUUCCACGGUUGCGAUUUCUUCACAAUCAGCACGUUCUUCCUCGUCGGGAGGUAACUACGAGGCUGCUUCAGCAACAGCCAAUUAUGCAACUACAACCGCAUCAGACGUCCACACCCUGGUCAAGUUGAUCCACAACCCUACGCUACGGAAUGUGUUGUGGACUUCAACAGAUUUUCCGCGUUUCUUCGCGGCGUUGGUAGACCAAGCUGCAGUGGCGGGGCUGCACGCGGGACCGGUGGAAUUGGGAAUCAUCGGCGCGGACCGCGAGGAGCUGCUUGAGCAGGGAACAACAAGUCGGACCUGCUCGAACAUACCGACCGCGCAGCUGUGGCCGCUGCUGUUCUGUGUUACCUACGAAGCGGAUUUAGUGGUCGACGGAAGUAGUCGUGGUUGUUCGGCUCCUUCAGGUGGAAACAAAAGCGCUGAUCACGGCCCAGCCGCUGACACGACAAGCGGCGCGGCCCGUUGUUGGCGCGAGAAAACCCACAGUCCGCAAGUUGCAGUCACGAAGCUGGUCGCAGCCAUUUUGCAAAGUUUCUCUUCAGUUGUUGUAGCGGCAUCACCAGCCCCCACGUCUUCAACACGACCUUCGACAAGCAAAAACCACCAGACGGCGCAGCGCCAGAGCCUGGGUAUUCUGGCAAACCUGCUUCGCGGCGACAGCGUUGUGCAGUCUUUUGUGAAGGCGGAGACGCAGCAGUACGAUGAAUUUUGCAGCGGAUUGCACGCCAUUGUGGCGGGGCGGGGCGAAAAACAAUCAAAUGCAGGAGGUGGGGGUGGAGCAGGUGGUUCUACUUCAUUGCGUGGAAACAACUAUGCUGCUUUGUCCUCUCCAGCACGACGAGUAGCCGACGAAGAGAUGGUCACGCAAAAGCUGUUCGCGGCCCAGAUUCUGGUCUCGUUAGAGGGUAUUGCGCAGUCCCAGCACGGAAUUUUCGAACCAUUGCUCUCAUCCACCAGUCAGUACUUGGCAGCUACACGACAAAUCGAUGGCGCAAAUAAGCCGAACGCCGAUCCUGGCAGCUUCCCCAUCAACCUCGUCGAUGCCACUCACUUGGCGUUACAAGUCGUCGAUCUCCCCAACGCGCACUCUGAUUGCAUGGACGGCGUUUGCGUGUCCCGCUUCCAGAUCGCACGUGACUUACUCGACGAUCUACUGCAAGUCUCUUCUAACGGGGUCGACCGGGCACUGGCUUCUUAUACAAUUAUGAAUGCGGAGGUGGGGAGGGCAACAACUACAACUUCUCCAAUCGGGCUCGGGAUGUUGAGGAAAAAAGACAGUCUACAAAUGGAGCUGGAACUCCGGUUAGCAAAUAACCUCGGCUCGUCGCCGCAAAGGGUAGAAGGCGAGAGUAGUUUCAACUACUUGAACAGCGACAAGAACUUCAGCGUCGACUACCACCUUGCGCUCUUUGAGCAGCUGCACACCUUCCAGAACACGGACCACGUGCUUCAGGCGAUUUUGUCCUUGUUGGAAAAGGUGUUGGUCGAAAAGUCCGCGCAUUUCCGGCAGAACGUGGUGAAAAUGCUGUCCGAGCAGGAGUGUAAAAGCACUACUGGUGGUGCAAAUAAAAAUAGGCACGCAUCGCUGCUGGCCGAGCUGGCGACCAGGCAGCACCCGGGGGUGAGUAAAGCCGCGGCGCGCUUGCUGUAUCUCACCCUGUUCGACACGAACCGCGUCGCGCUCACCGAGUCAGCUUUACGCCCGUUGCUCUUGUUCCUGUCUCGCCAAGCGUUACAGAACGAGGAAACCUGCGGCUUGUUGAAACUGAUGGUGCAGAAGAGGGUGACGCCCUACGCGUUGGCGGUCUGUCGAGACCAGUACCAGUUACUGCUGCAAAACGCGAAUCGGGUGUUGGAGAAAAAGCCGACAAACACAAAUUUAUUCUUCAAUCUGCUGCAAUUAGGCCUCGCCAUCGACGACGCGCUCGCGAAAGAACGGUGCGACCGGGCAACCACGGUGCACGACAUCAUGAAGCACGAGCCUGGGGUUAGUGCGGGUGCGGGAGCAGGUGGACAUGAUCAAGUCCCACUAGUAGGAAGCAACUCCUAUGCCACACCGGGUAGUGGCGCCACAGUCGCUGACAGUGAACAAUUUCUUGCGUCGCCACAGGCACAGCAGCGGUCGAAGCAUUCGGCUGCACCAAGCAGUUCGUCAUCGAGCGCGGCGUACGCUGGAAUAGCCAAUUAUACCCCCGAUCAACAUCUGAUGUUGCUAAACACAAACUCCGCAACGAAAUCCACUACACAUUCCGUUUUUCACCAAAAUCAGGAUUCGACACUACUAGAAACAUCAGCAGCUUGUUCCCAUGCCACUACGCCCAGUUGCACCUCCCGAAAUAGAACACUGCCAGCUGCAAAAACUACUAGUAAAGUCGUCCUUCCGUACACCAAGCCUGCGUUUUACGAGAUGCUGGAGUCCACGGAGUGCGUUUCCUUCCUGAUCUACGACAUUUUUGCGCACACAACCGACCAAGUCUUGCUGCGCGACUGCUGGCAGUUUCUGCGAUUACUCGCGGAGCCCAGCUGCUGUCUGCCCGAGCAGGUGAAAAGCGCCGUCGUCGACGCGAUGAUGAGGAGAAACGCGGAAGCAGAAAAGAAUAGAUUACUGGUAAACGCAAAAGUCGACAAGGAGAUUGUGUUCAAUCUAAAUCAGAAACUUGAAGCUGCCGCGCUGGAGCGGGAGAAGCUGCUGCAGGAAGCUGCCCGGAAGGACACGACAUUGAAGCAGCUCACCGAAUCCAUCCGCACGUGCGCCCGCGACAUCGCGAAGCACGGCGAAACGCUGGGGGAACUGGGACGCGCGCGGGAACGGAUCGCGAAUCUGGAGGAAGUUGUGGUGGAAAAGGAACAGGAAAAAGAUAUGGGACUCUCAAACGUUACAUUCUCAACUGUUACAUGAAUUUGUCAUGCAAAAAUAGCGCCAGCAUCUACAUGCCCAAGCUGCUUCGCAUGACAAGUUCUCGACGCGCUAGAUAGCAUUAUAAUCUGCUCCAAACCUGUAAUGCAAAAGGCGCAACGUUUUCCCUUGCACUUUUGCCAUUCUUGCAUUACAAAUUUCAUGUAACAGUUGAGAGUGUAACGUUUGAGAACGCCAUAAGAGACGUCGCCCGCAUCGCGGAAGCCGACGCGCGCGUGUUGUGUCAGAAACUCGAGUUUCACGCGGAGCGGGAGGUGCGGCAAGCGACGGAAAGAUUGGAAGAACAUGUCCGUGAAAAGGCGGAGCUGUGGAUAUGCAUUGCAAAAUUAUCGUACUAAGUAUGAAUUGCAAUACAAAUUUUUCCAAGUGACGAGCCGUAGUUUGUAAUGCAGAUUUCCCUUUUAGGCCAGAGAUCUGUCAUGCAGGACUGCAGUCAGUAUUUUGUGCGAUACAUUUGCACAGGAUAGUGGAAACUACUUGCCGACUUGGAGGAAAAGAUCAAGGCGGCACAUAUCAACUGCAAAUAUGUCAUCUGGGUCUGGAAACUUGUGAUGCAAACCAGGGAAUACUGGGCGUACUGUCAUACGUGGCCAAGCAUGGCAAGUUUUUGAGGUGCUAUGUGUAGCGUAUUCCGCAUGGCAGACUGCGCUUUUGCAUGACAGACAAAGCGAUCUUUUUGCACCUACGCAUGACAGAGGUCCGAGUCAUGUCAGACACGCAUGACAAAUUUGGCAAUCUUCCAGAGCCAGACAUAUUUGCAAAGCAUAGCACAGGUCGACCGGCAAUUGCUCGUGAAACAACUCGACGUAGUGAUGCAGGAAAAUCAACACUUGCGGAUGGGCUACGACAACUUCGAUCCGGGAAAAGUCGCACUGAAGGGCACCUUCUCGCCCCGAGAGGAACCACCGGUUUCUUUGUUCGGGGGCUAUCAUCAAUUUGGAGGUACAACAAGUAUGAUCUCGCCCAAGAGCAGGAGGACCAAUGGUGCAAAUAACAGCACCAAACCUGCGACGUUUGCGACAGGGGGAAACAACUCGAACUCGAACUACAAGACGAGUAGCAAGAGCGGCGGAAGCGGCAGGGGGAGUGUAAAAAAUAUCGCAAAUAAUUCGUCCAAGCCGCGGGGAAAUCACUUGUUUUUUCCGGAGGACGGGACAAGAAAGACAAAGGACUCGGGUCGUUCUUUUGCGGGAGUUCGUGGGUCUAGUACUUCAAGAGAUGAAAUGAAUUUUCAGGCGGGAAGCAGCCAUUUGCCACGCUAUGCCGAUCAAAUGUGGAACAAGAAUCCGUGACAGAAUCUUCUUCCCGCAAUAUUAAACCCUCGAGUGGAUAGUUCUUCUGCUUGGAACUAUGGCUCGGGAGGUGAUCGGGCUCGUGAGCCACGACCAUGAUAGAUCUACCACCUCAACAUUCGCGUUGUUCAGUAGGAACAAACGGAAAGCAGGUCGUGGUAGAUCUUGAUCGAGGCAGGAAGAAGCAGAAAUGUUGCUGUAGAUAGAUGCAUGUAUGAUCAUGAUGUCGAAAGAAGAAGAUGAAGAAUCGAUCUGCAGAUUUUUCGAAGUAGUGCAGAUUCAGGGCUGCAGCCUGG